AUGGGAAUAGAGCGAUUAUUGCGGGUAUUGUGUUGCAGGUUGUGGAAUGAUAGGGGGUUCAGGAGGUUUGGGUAUGCGGUUUUGGGGGCGUAUGUGGCUAUUUUGUUGAGGUGUAUUUACCGGAUAGCAGAGAUGGCUGGCGGCUGGGGGAAUCACAUCAUGCAGGAUGAAUGGUCGUUUGUGGUGUUGGAGGGAAUAAUGGUCCUUAUCGCGUGUUUACUCCUCGCCUUCUUCCCUCCUGGGGUGUUGUUCCCAGAGAUGGCUGCGAGGAUGGCAGCAGGAAGGAAGUCUGCCAAGGGCGACGUUGAGGGACAGACACAGACGGGAACUUCAACGGUUGAGAAAGGAGUUGUUGGUGGAAAUGUUGCCGAGACGUCAACUGGGACAGAGUCAGAAAAGGAAAAGGCAGUGCCCGUGUCAUCGACGGCUGUGAAGAAGGAGGAGUCGAUUUAG